UCCCCUCGCCAUCGCCGCCGCCGCCUCCUCACCUCCCCGCAACCCUCGUUUCCUCCGCGCCGCAAGCGUGAACGCCUCCAUGUCUGCGGCACUCAAGAGGCCAGGCACGAGGACAGCAUCGAUGUACGUCGCAGCGGAGACGGCGCGGGUCACGCACUCGUUCAAGAUCGUCGGCAACGGGCUCCACAAGAACUUCGGCGUCGGGAGGUGCAUCCGCUCUGCGCCCUUUUCCGUAGGAGGCCACAACUGGUGUAUCCUGUACUACCCAGAUGGACGCACCGAGGACUGCAAGGACUACGUCUCCAUCUUCCUCGAGCUCAUGAGUGAAAACACUGAGGCUACGGCUCUCCGCGAGUUCAGGCUUGUCAACCAGACAACUGGGAUCUCAACAUCCAUUUCAUGCACAUGUCAGGCGGUUUACAACGCUGAAAACGCAGCCCGGGGUAGCAGAAAGUUCAUGAAGAAGGGCGACCUGGAAUCGUUGGGAUACCUCAAGGACGGAUGUCUCGAGAUCGAGUGCGACCUCACCGUUAUCAAGGGGGACGACAUUGAUCUGCCACCGUCAGAUCUGCAGGAUAAUCUUGGCAAACUGCUGGAGUCAGAGGAGGGGGUGGAUGUGACCUUCAAGGUUAAAGACGAGCUUUUCAGAGCCCACAAAAUUGUGCUUAAGAUGAGGUCGCCUGUCUUCGAGGCUGAGCUCCCGAGGGACAAGAGAAAGCGGAUCAUAAUAGUUGAAGAUAUGGAGCCUCCUGUUUUCAAGGCAUUGCUUCGCUUCAUCUACACUGAUUCUUUGCCCUCUAUGGGUGAUCUUGAUGGCGAUGAGAAUGAUGAGAUGGUGAGACAUUUGCUUGUGGCUGCAAAUAGGUAUGGAUUGGUAAGGAUGAAGUUGAUGUGUGAGAGCAUCCUUUGCAACAGGCUUGCUGUUCAGAAUGUGGCUGCCACUCUAGCUGUAGCUGAUCAGUGUCGCUGCUACAAGCUCAAAGAUGCUUGCAUUCAAUUCAUCAGCUCUUCUAAUAGAUUGGAUGAUGUGGCAGCAAGCCAAGGUUUUGAGGACCUAAAAAAGGCAUGCCCUGCCCUCAUUGCAGCGAUAUAUGAGAAAGCAGCAGUGCCUCACAAGAUUUAGUUUGCAUUGUUCUUCCAAGAUUAACUUCUCAAUUGAAAGAUUUCUUAGUAGAGAUUAUAUGGGAGGGUAUUUUAUUUUGCAAUGUAUGGAUCUAUGGUAAUGUAGCGCACUAAUGUCCAUAUAGUCGUUUUGAUCUACAGGCUAGUAUGCUUUGACUGUUUCAGCUUUCAUCUUGUGGUGUUUUUUAUUUCUGAAAAGUACAAGU